UGAACCGCACGAAUUGAUUUCAUAAUGAUGAGCGCCUAAGAGAAAAAUGGCCGUGUACACAUCCAAUUAGCGUGGCGGGAAAAUAUCUACGCCGUUUCCCUCCAUUCCUCCUUUUGAUAAUACAAAUACAACGGCUUAUCUAAUGGACAAUCCAGCCGACGUCACGGCCGGAGUCACUGAUCUCCGAACGCCGCCGCCGUCAUCGCGACUUCGCCGGCGAUUAGUUCAGUCCACAUUGUUCCCGCACACAUCUCCCGACACUGCCACCGCCGGCGAUAAUUGUGACCGAGACGACGAUCGCGAUGACGACGAAGAUGAGGAGUAUUGUGGUGGCAGUCUGAAGAAGAAGACGAAGAAGAAGCCACGAAAGACAAAAGCAAUUACGCCCAAAUCGCGGGCGUCGAAGAAGGUUGUAGUAACUAAUAAGGAGGUUCCAAAGAAGGGUGUAGCUGAUGAAGAAUCUCCGAUAACUAACAAGUCUAAUUUCUUUGUAAAAGUUUCUGAGAAACGACAACAAAAAAUACAGCAAAAAGAUCAAUCUUGUGUUGGUUCGGUGGAGGAUGAUAAUAAAUCUAGUUCACACGAGGAUGUUGCCAAAUGCAGUUCGCCUCCCGACUCUAAAGCCAAUGAUGAAAAGAGUCCUCAGCGGCGCAAGCGUCGUUGUAGUGCUACACCAGAGAAUCAAGGUACUAGUGCUACACGUAAGAAGCGCCGUGUAAGUGCAACACCUGAAAAGCGUGGGAAGAAUACUACACCAAAGCAAAAAGUGGUAGUCAGCGGCUCAAACGGAAAAUCUGAGCAGAUAAGGGAUCCCACACAGGGUGAACAUACAUCACAAUUAAUUCCAAAUUUGCGUUUAGAGGCAAAACUGAAAGCUGAGGAAAAUUCACGAAUAUAUGGAGGAAGACAAAUACAUCCAUUUUUCUCGUCCAGGAAAAUGGUCAAGAGAAAUCAGAAUGGAACUGAUGAGAACAAUUGGUCAUUGGUUGAUAAGAAGGAUAAAAGCAUCACUGUUAGACCUAUUCACGUGUUUGAACAAGUCAAGGACGAUGAUUUCUCCCCAGAUUGGGGGCAGUGGGUUUUUCUUGAAAGUAAAAGCUCCAAUUGUGACUUUAAAAAUGAACUGCCGACUUUUAAUGAAAGACCAGUCAAGUCGUUACAUUUUGACAACUUAUUUACGAUCUCUGGUCGGCAGAGUAAUGGUUCUUCAGAUUCCUGUCCUAUUCAAGUUGAUGAGGUGCUUUUGCAUCAUUCUCCUAAUAAUCAAGAUUGUUUUCCUAAUGCACCAUACCCGGUAUUGAUUGAUGAGCAAGUGCCCCUUUGUGAAAAAUCAGUGGAGAGGGAAGCGAAUCAUAAUAUGAGCGACGUUAGUAUGUGCGGAGUGGAUGAUGGUCGUGGACGAAACUCAACUGUUAAGAUGAUCUAUGGUCAUGAUUUGGUCAAUCAGCCUGAGAACAGCUUAUGGACAAAUAAGUACCAGCCUAAAUUGGCCAAUGAGAUUUGUGGCAAUGGCGAACCUGUGCAUUUUUUGAACAACUGGUUACGUCUUUGGCAUGAAAAAGGUUCUGGAACCAGCAAAACUCUUGUUGAUAUAUACAGAGCACAAGAUGCUGACUACUCUUAUACAAGUGAAUCAGAUUUUGAGGAUAUAGAGGAAGAAAAUCGUCUGAAAAAUGUUCUCCUAAUUACUGGACCAGUCGGGAGUGGUAAGUCUGCAGCCAUUUAUGCCUGUGCAAAGGAACAAGGAUUCCAAGUUAUUGAGGUCAAUUCUUCAGACUGGCGAAAUGGAGCUCUGGUAAAGCAAAGAUUUGGGGAGGCUGUAGAAUCACAUUGGCUGCAAUGUUCUGCAGAAAAUUCAGAACGACCAGUCAUAAAGAAUUUCUUCAAAUCCUUUCCUGUCUCUAGCAAUGCUACGACAGACCAAGGAAUCAGCAAUGACGUUACUGAACUUAUUUCUUUAUCAGAUGACGAAAUUUCUGGUAAUACCAGGAUGACACCUACGAAAUCUGUUGUUAAUAAAAGCAAAACUGUAAGAGAACCAAGUGGUAGUAGAACAUUGAUUCUCUUUGAGGAUGUGGAUGCUGAUCUCUGUGAAGACCGUGGUUUCAUUAGUACAAUACAACAGCUUGCGGAAACAGCAAAGCGUCCUAUGAUAUUGACUAGCAAUAGCAAAGAUCCAGUGCUUCCAAACAAUUUGGACAGGCUAGAGUUGAGUUUUAGUAAACCGUCAGUUGAGGAGCUUCUCUGCCUUAUAUCUAUGGUCUGCUCGGAAGAAGAAGUUACUAUUCCGCCUUGCCUGGUGAAGCGGUUUAUUGAUUUUUGUCAAGGAGACAUCCGUAAAACCAUUUUGCAGAUUCAGUUCUGGUGUCAGGGCCAAAGUUGCAUAAGAGAUAGAAAAAUAUUUGACGAAUAUGGUCUGAUGGUUUUUGAUCCGGAUGCUGCACAUAAUAUAUUACCAAAGAUAAUCUCUAGUUCUUACACUUCUCAACUCUCUGAGAUGGUGGAUAAGGAGAUCACCAAGUCACUACUCGAGAUGGAAGAAGCCUCUCACUUGACAGAAGAUGAAGAAGAUCUGAAGAUUAAUGAUUUGGGGACACUUACAUUUCAACCAAACAGUAUUGAUGCCAGAAAGGAGGCAAUGUUAUGCUGUCAUUGCUCUGAUCAGGAUGGUAAUGAAGUGCCAUCCCAGCCUGGCACUGCUUGUGAAUUAUCUGACGCUUCAGAUUCCCCAGUUGCGUUUGGUCGGCGAAGUGUAUGGAGAAGAACUGAUACAGUAUUGUCUUCUGAAUCUAGAGAGGAAUGUUCAAGUGACGGUUUUCCAGCUGUUCCUAGCAAAUUGUCAGGGGAUAUCGAUAGUGAAGCACACCUUGAAGGGAUUAGCAAGGCUCCCUCUCAUUGUUUUGCACCUGAAAUAUCCUCUAGCCCAGUGGCUGAGGAGCUAGUUCAUUCUGAUAGCGUGAAGGUUGAGGAUAGUUGUUAUCCCUGCGCAAUCACAGAAGAAUGUGUUCUGUUUAACGGUACAUGCAAAUCUGUUGAUGUCUCCUGUGUUCCAGAGUCAACGUGUGUUGCUGAGACUCAAAUAUAUUCUGAUGCAGUGUCCUGGGGAAAUGUUGAUAAUACGGCAGAAACUGCUUUUAUUAAAAAUAAUCUUCCACAUAGUGAUAUAAACUUGAAUAUAUCUCCAUCUGGAUUACAUGAAAUCCCAGUUUUGGUUGGAAAUGAUUAUGAUGCAAUUCCAGAUUCAGUUAUAAAGGUAGAUGAGAUCACAGAUUAUCACAUCAAUGGUGCAGAAAUGGCUUUAACCAAAUGUGAUUUUUCCGGUAAUGGUAUUGAUCUGAAUGCAUCGCCACAUGAAUUUCGUGAAAUCCCAGUUCUGCUGAACAAUAAUUGUCAUUCAAUAACAGAAUCAGUUCAAGAAGAAAUGGCAGAUUCACAUGUUGAAUGUGUUCGGGCUUUUUCAAGAGAAUAUCAAGGGAUGGAUGAGUGCAGUCGAAUGAAUUUCAGUAUGAGAUCCAACUACAAGCAUCAAAGUUCCUUGUUGGCCUCUGAUACUGUACAAGAGACAUGGAAAAAACUUCGCAAUUGUCACAUGGAUCUAAAACAAUAUGCCACCCUUGAACACAAAGAUGCUUCUAAAUUCCUGAAAUUUGCACAUGGGAUGAGUAAUUUAAUUUCAGAUGCCGACUUGUUACUCAGUGACUGUCAGUUACUAAUUCGCGAUAAUUUAAAACCUUCAAUGUUUCAAUGUGAGACAGCACAUUCUCUCAGCUGGUAUGAUGACCAAUUGAAGAUGGUUUCAACAAUUUCAGAACAUGGGAUGUGCUUGUACGCUAAACAUAUAGAUGCAGCGAGUGCAAAUAUUAUUUCUUCUGGCAGAGUGAAUUUGGCUCGGGAGAUGCUGGCAUCCGCAACCAAUACAAUGGCAUUAGGGAAAUUAGUUGGCCACCAUAAAAAAAGAAUCCAGAAAUUAGAUAUGGGCCUAUCAAGGAGUGGUAACUUGUUGGAAAGGGAAUCUGCAGCGUCUCUUUGCAGUGUAGUUCAGUCCAUAAUUCCCACAGGAUCAUAUUUAUCGGUAAAAGGCAAUGCACUUCAUGAGUACCUCUCAUCAUUGAGCCAGAUCUCAAGAUCAGAAGCAAAUCGUUUAUCCGAAAGCCUUCAGAAGUCUCGACGACGAGUACGUGUUGCAAGAAACUACUUGACUACCGCCACACCAUCUUUGAAUCCUGAAGAUUUGUCAUUGUUGAAUGAAUAUAAUUGUUAUCAAAAGGUAUCACCCCAAACCAUGGAAGAGGAUUGAGAGAAACUCUUUUCCAGUGAUAGCAAACAUUGUAGAUAAAUUUGGGUCAAGAGCAACAUCCAAUCAGAAGCCACAUUGAAGAAUAAAUUAAUCCUUGCUUGUAACUGGUGUAGUAAGUGGUGUCAUUUUCUUCAAUCUUGUGUCGAUUGCCAGGCCACGCAUCAACUAGAUGGCAUGCUUAGAUUAACUAGAGAUUACCUCUAGCUUAAACUUACCAUGUACUUGCACUGUAAAUCUUAUAGAUUUUUACAAAAAUUAUAGCGACUGUACAAGGCUAAAAGUAGCUUUAUAUAUAAUCAAAUCAGUUCUCAAUCAAAACACAAGGUUAAUUAGGUGGUUUUCUAAAGGCAGCUAGAGAAAUACUCGUAGAAGUCCUCUAGUCUUGUUUCUCUUGAUGGCAUUGUAUUUUCUAGGUGAAAGUGAGACAAACACACACUUAGCAAUAAUGUGUUGAAGUUGAGACUCGAACGUGAAGUUUUUCUAGAUUCAUUAAUUCUUCAGCAACUGAACUCUGCCCUUUGAUAUUAAUAUUUUUACCGGUUCA